GUCAUAAGUACUUGAUAAGUGAUAGCUGUUGAGGUCAGACACCAAGGCUCCAUUCCCAGCCCCACCACUCGCUCCAACGUGAACUUAACCUCAUGUGUAACAUGGGGAUAACUGGGGUCCCCACUGCACAGGACUUCGGGAGCCACCAUCAGCAUCAGCCUCACCCUCUCCUCUAGAAAACCUUCCCCGUCGGGAGCCCUCCUUGGGGCUUCCACGCCAGCACAUACGACACUUUGGGAGGAGUUUCUGCAUCUGCCUUCCUCUUCCAGACCGAAGCAAUCUGGGGGCAGGAAGAGUAUCUGGUUCUGCUGGUAUCAGCAGAGAGGGAAGGAUGACAGGAGGAAGUUCAGUUGUCCCUGGGAGCUGCUCAGACCCCAGGGUGGUGACUACCAUGCCCUCAUGGUGUCCCCUCUCUUUACCCAGAUUGGUGCCUCUCGGGAAGAUGCAGGUGCUGACGGUGCUGCUCGCCUCGGCAGGCAUGUGCCUGGGCCUACUGGUGGCACCCGAGGAAGGCACUGACCUUGCCCAACCGGCCGCCCCCCGGCGCCAGAAGAGGGACUGGAUUUGGAACCAGAUGCACAUCGAUGAAGAGAAAAACACCUCGCUGCCCCAUUAUGUGGGCAAGAUCAAAUCAAGUGUGAACCGCAAGAACGCCAAGUACCUGCUCAGAGGAGAGUCUGCCGGCAAGGUCUUCCGGGUCAAUGAGGACUCAGGGGACGUGUAUGCCUUUGAGAGGCUGGACAGGGAGAAGAUCCCAGAGUACCACCUUACUGCCCUCGUGGUAGACAAGGACACCAAUAAUGACUUAGAGUCUCCUUCCAGCUUCACCAUCAAAGUUCAUGAUGUGAAUGACAACUGGCCUGUGUUCACGCACCGGUUGUUCAACGCCUCUGUGCCAGAGAUGUCAGCCGUGGGGACCUCAGUCAUCCGUGUGACAGCCGUUGAUGCAGAUGACCCCACCGUGGCAGACCACGCCAGUGUCAUGUACCAAAUCCUGAAGGGAGAAGAAUAUUUUGCUAUUGAUGGUUCUGGACUCAUUUUCACUACAACCAAAAACUUGGACCGAGAGACGCAGGCCAAGUAUGAGAUCGUGGUGGAAGCACGAGAUGCCCAGGGACUCCGAGGGGACUCAGGCACAGCCACGGUGCUGGUCACUCUGCAGGACGUCAAUGACAAUUUCCCCAUCUUCACCCAAACCAAGUACACAUUUGCGGUGCCUGAAGACAUCCGUGUGGGCAGCUCCUUGGGCUCUCUGUUUGUUGAGGACCCAGAUGAGCCCCAGAACCGGAUGACCAAGUACAGCAUCGUGCAAGGCGAAUACAGGGACACCUUCACCAUCGAGACGGACCCCAACCACAACGAGGGAAUCAUCAAGCCCAUGAAGCCCCUGGACUAUGAAUACAUUCAGCAAUACAUCUUCACCAUCGAGGCCACGGAUCCCACCAUCAACCUCCACCACCUAAGCAGCGCCUCCACCAGAAAAACUGCCCGAGUCAUCAUCAACGUCACAGAUGUGGAUGAGCCCCCCAGCUUCCAGCAGCCCUUCUACCACUUCCAGCUGUGGGAGAACCAGAAGAAACCUCUGAUUGGCUCAGUGAGGGCCAAAGACCCUGACGCAGCUCGGCGGAGCAUUGGAUACUCCAUCCGCACGACCAGUGACAAGGGCCAGUUCUUCCGAAUAACCAAACAAGGGGACAUUUACAAUGAGAAAGAGCUGGACAGAGAAGUCUACCCCUGGUAUAACCUGACAGUGGAGGCCAAAGAACUGGAUUCCAGCGGGUACUCCACAGGCAAAGAAUCCAUUGUUCAAGUCCACAUUGAAGUUAUGGAUGAAAAUGACAACGCUCCAGAGUUCGCCCAGCCCUAUGAGCCCAGAGUGUGUGAGAAUGCUGCCCAGGGCAAGCUGGUCGUGCAAAUCUCGGCAAUAGAUAAGGACAUAACGCCACGAGAUGUGAAAUUCAAAUUCUCUCUGAGCACUGAGGACAGCAACUUCACCCUGACAGAUAAUCACGAUAACACGGCCAACAUCACAGUCAAGUACGGACAGUUUGACCGGGAGCGUGCCAAGGUCCACUAUCUGCCUGUGCUCAUCUCAGACAACGGGAGGCCGAGCCUCACAGGCACCAGCACACUGGUCGUGACUGUCUGCAAGUGCAAUGAGCAUGGCGAGUUCACCUACUGUGAGGAGAUGGCUGCCCAAGCAGGUGUCAGCAUCCAGGCGCUGGUAGCCAUCUUCCUCUGCAUCCUCACCAUCACAGUGAUCACCCUCCUCAUCUUCCUGCGGCGGCGGCUCCGGAAGCAGGCCCGCGCCCACGGCAAGAGCGUGCCCGAGAUCCACGAGCAGCUGGUCACCUAUGACGAGGAGGGCGGAGGCGAGAUGGACACCACCAGCUACGACGUGUCGGUGCUCAACUCGGUGCGGCAGGGCGGGGCCAAGCCCCCGCGGCCCACGCUGGAGGCGCGGCCGUCCGUCUACGCGCAGGUGCAGAAGCCUCCGCGGCACGGCGCGGUGCACGGCGGGCCGGGGGAGAUGGCCGCCAUGAUCGAGGUGAAGAAGGACGAGGCCGACCACGACGGCGCAGGCCCGCCCUACGACACGCUGCACAUCUACGGCUACGAGGGCUCCGAGUCCAUCGCCGAGUCCCUCAGCUCUCUGGGCACCGAUUCAUCCGACUCGGACGUCGAUUACGACUUCCUCAACGACUGGGGCCCCAGGUUCAAGAUGCUGGCGGAGCUGUACCGCUCAGACCCCCAGGUGGAGCUGGUGUACUAGGGAGAUGUGGGCCUCCAGGUCUGGGGACCCAAACCUCUGCAGCGCGGGCCAGUCGGACAACAGGCACUGAGCCCGCAAAUUGUAGCACUGACACCCUAGCCCAGCAGCCCUUCCUCGUGGGUCCCAGAGAUUUCACCACCUCGGGUAGCAAACUCCAGGUCCCUGAAAUGUCCAGGAACAUACUUCAAGUGAUAGCUACCCCCUAAACUCUGGAAGAUCCAGGCUGGUGUUCUGUCUCGGCUUGGACAUCCAUAACCCUGUCACCUGGGACCACGGGUCCUACUCAAAGACUUGCUGUGGCUCCUUAAAGCAGCUUAUGGUUCAAAAGCCAAGGGGAGAUCUUCCCCAACCCCCCCCCCUCCCCCCGGUAAGGUUGGUGAGAUCCUGGUGCCUGUCUGCCUGGAGCAAAGGGCAUGGCCUGUGGGGCAAGAGUCUCUGCAGCCCAGUCCCACCAGAGACUGGAACCAUCCAUCAUGCCAGCCCUGCUUCAACUUCGUCAUGCUCUCCCAAGUCCCCACCACUCCCAGCCUCUCCCCAGGUCUGUCAAGAAGGAUGAGUGGGUCCCUUGACAGCUACCAAACUUGGGUCCUGAGGUGACCUCGCUGGCUACUACACCUGUAACUGCUGUACUGAGCACUGAAAAUUCAACCAAAGUCAGGAAAACGGCUUGUUGAACUUUGAAGCAACUGUGAAUCCAUCCUGGAGGGACAGUGGAGACCAAGUGUGACAGAUCAUAUGCUGAGGGCCACCUGCACACCCACACCCUCGGGAGAGGGCCUGGAGUAGCUGUGACCCCAAUUUGAGUCUCAUCGACACCCCAUCAGUUUUGCCUGGGAAGUGGAGCAGAUGUUCCCCAGAGCAGAAGACCUCUCCCCUUAUCUUCCUUGCCCAGUCACUCCUUCACGCUCUUUCUCUCUCUCUCUCUUUCUCCAUCUACUCCUUAUCUCUUGACUUGAAGGCCCUCAAGAUGUGACCCUCAGCAACUCUGGUCAAAGUCCAAACCCAAACAUGACUGCACAAAAGAACUGUGUCAUUUGCCUUUACGCACCUCGUUUGUUGCCACAUCUCAGGAAACCCUGGCAAGGCCUCAUCCCUCGGGCACACCCUGCCUUGCCCAUGCCCUGUGGUCAUCUGUGCAUCUCCCACUUUCAGCCAAAUCUGGAACAUUCCACUGCAAACACACCCUGGGGAAGUGGCAUCACUCAACGGGAGAGGGCAGGAAAGGAGGCAAACUCUCCAAUUCACUCUUGGUCAUGGACUGAGGUUCCCCUCAGGGCAAGGGCCCUCACACUUCAGGAGACUGUAGAUAACACUUGACUUUUUUUUUAAACCAAUAACUACUAUAUAUAUAUAUACAUAUAUAUAUAUAUAUGUAUAUAUAUAUUUUACUAAUAAUACUUACAUAUUUCUAGCUCUCACAAACAUAUAGAAUAAAGGUUUUUGCAUAAUAAGUGAGUUGCUAUUUAGGUUAACAAUUUUAAUUCAGAUUUUUUAGUUGGAUGAACAAAUUCCUAUAACCUUCUUUUUCCUAUCAUUGUAGUUAACUGCUCUAGUGAUAAUAACUAUAUAUUGGCCACACUGGUGCAUGGGACGUACUGUAUUUUUUUAUACCUAAAUAAAGAAAAUUCUUGAAAUCCUUUUA